GAUGGAGGGGGUGGGGUGGGGAUCCUGGCCAGAGCGCGCUUGGAGAUCCCCCAAGCAUUGAGUUCCAGAAGGUUUCCAACCGCCCCACCCCUUGGCUGGCUCCAGGAGGGUUUCGUGAAGAAACUACAAUCCCCAGCAGGCAUCGCGGUUCACGGUCUUCUUACCCACCCCCACCCACUCCACCCCCGCUCCCCGACGUCCUCGUGCGCUUGCGGCUUGCUGGAGCUGUUGCUGAAGCCGCUUCAAGACACAGGGCUUAGGCAAUAGGAAUUGCAGACAAGAGGCUGCCGCGCAGACAUAAAGCCGUUGUCGUGCGUGGCAGCCCUUGGCAACAAAUAGGGCCCCUUGUAGAGACGCUUCUGUUGUCAGUUUUGAGACAAAGGAGAGACAGCCUCCCCACCCCCCACCCCCCCCAACCUCCUGGAAGAAGGCGCCUUCCUGCACCUGUGCUAACAUGGAGGCGACCAAGAACUCUGAGAUGCCUUCUAGCCCCAGUGCCCCGCCUGAGCUGUCUGACACUGGGAGCUAUAGGCCCCUGACCCUGGGGAUGGACAGCCCAUUGGAGUGGAAGGAGCCAGCAAAGACCAACAACGGCAGCAGUGAAGAGAAUGGGACAUCCCAGCCUGAGAGCCCAUGUUGUGGCUCAGCCGAGGCACUGGGUCGGAGGAAGCAUAGGAGGCGGUCCUCAAAACGCAAAAGGCAUGGCUGGAAGCCAUAUCUGGAGCUGAGCUGGGCAGAGAAACAGCAGCGAGAUGAGCAACAAAGCCAGAGGGCUUCCAGGGUUCGAGAGGAGAUGUUUGCCAAGGGCCAGGCUGUGGCACCCUACAAUACCACUCAGUUCCUGAUGGAUGACCAUGAUCAGGAGGAACCAGACCUGGGUAACCCCCAGGGGGUGCCCCACCAGGGUUCUGGAUGGGAAGAGGAAGAGGAAGGUGGGGGAGCUGGGGACAUGGAUGGUCGAGGGAAGGCCCAGGGUGAAUUCCUCCAGAGAGACUUCUCAGAAGCCUAUGAGCACUACCAUGUAGAGAGUCUCCAGGGCCGAAGUAAGCAAGAACUGGUACGGGACUAUUUAGAGCUGGAGAAACGGCUCUCUCGGGCUGAGGAGGAGACUCGGAGGCUGCAACAGCAGCGAAGCCCCCCGGCUCCUCACCCCUGUGACCGGGCCCAGGAACUGGCUGAUGAAGUGGAACGACUGAAGACGGAGAACCAGAGGCUUCGGCGGGAGAAUGAAAUGUGGGGUCGAGAGGGCAACAGCCCUAGGGAGGAUCUGGGUACCUAGGGGAGCCCUUUCCUAACCUCUCCCCAGCCCCCCAAGGUAGGACAUCAGAGGCCUUCCAGCAAAUGGGGGAGGGUGGGGCAUUCUUUCUCUACUCAUUUCACCUGCCCACCACUGUAUCCGAGGAGAGUGGCACCAUCUGUGUCCUUGGCUCUCACUCUGGGACUCAAGGCCCAGCUCUGGACAGAGACCACUAGAAGCAAAGCUCCAGGUUUGAAGUUCCCUUUCUUCCUCCAGCAUGAUGCCCCAGAAUAGAAGCUCCCUGAGGAUAAGUUGCAUUUGUUUUCUUGCUGUCCCUUGUUUUAUUCUUUCUUUGGUAAAAUUAAAAUAUCUUUAUGAGGGCAAAGGGGAAUUGCACCAUAAAGUCUAGAAGGACCCACCAGAUACUUUGGGUCAUUGGGUUGGUGCCCUAUCUCCUGCAUUGGAAGGAGCACAGUGUGAAAGACUAGACCCAACUUGCCAGCCCUCCAGGUGGGAUGAGAAUUAAUCAGCUGGGUGAUGGGGCUUUCUUUGAGUUAAUGGAUACUGGGGUUAAGAGUUAAAAGAC